GGUCUCGGUCACCGGGUCCCGCCGCCAGGUCUCAGUCCCCACUGCCCGCCAUCAGGUCCCACCGCGCGACGGGUUGGUGUGAUCUCAGCUCAGGACAAAGGUGGGGUAUCAUGGCAUCUAUCUGGGUAGGACACCGAGGAACAAUAAGAAAUUAUCCAGGCUUUAGUCCAUCCGUGGACGCUGAAGCUAUUCGUCAGGCAAUCAGAGGAAUUGGAACCGACGAGAAAACGCUCAUUAGCAUUCUGACCGAGAGGUCAAACGCACAGCGGCAACUGAUUGUGAAGGAAUAUCAAGCAGCUUACGGGAAGGAGCUGAAAGAUGACUUGAAGGGUGACCUCUCUGGUCACUUUGAGCAUCUCAUGGUGGCCCUAGUGACUCCACCGGCAGUGUUUGAUGCAAAGCAGCUAAAGAAAUCCAUGAAGGGCACUGGAACAAACGAAGAUGCCUUGAUUGAAAUUUUAACCACAAGGACAAGCAGGCAGAUGAAGGAGAUCUCACAAGCCUAUUAUACAGCAUAUAAGAAGAGUCUUGGAGAUGAUAUUAGUUCUGAAACAUCUGGUGACUUCCGGAAAGCUCUGUUGACUUUGGCAGAUGGCAGAAGAGAUGAAAGUCUGAAUGUGGAUGAGCAUCUGGCCAAAAAAGAUGCCCAGCUUCUCUACAAUGCUGGUGAGAACAGAUGGGGCACGGAUGAAGACAGAUUCACUGAGAUCCUGUGUUUAAGGAGCUUUCCUCAACUGAAACUAACAUUUGAUGAAUACAGAAAUAUCAGCCAAAAGGACAUUGAGGACAGCAUAAAAGGAGAAUUAUCGGGACAUUUUGAGGACUUACUGCUGGCCAUAGUUCGCUGUGCGAGGAACACCCCUGCCUUUUUGGCUGAAAGACUGCACCAAGCUUUGAAGGGUGCUGGAACAGAUGAGUUUACUCUGAACCGAAUAAUGGUAUCCAGAUCAGAAAUUGACCUCCUGGACAUCCGAGCAGAGUUUAAGAAGCAUUAUGGCUACUCCCUAUAUUCAGCCAUUAAAUCAGAUACUUCUGGACACUAUGAAAUUGCACUCUUAAAAGCCUGUGGUGGAGACGACUAAGAUGAGAAGAUGCUUUCCCAGAUUGCCUGCUCCCAUGACAGGCGUGUCCAGCAGCUCUGCUCACCGCUUUUCAUAGUAUUUAGACAUACAAACAAGUGUGGAUAGCAGCCUGUGUUCCUAGGAGAAAUUUUUAUUGUUCUAUAAUAACAACAAAAGUGAUUAUUUUAGAGCAUCUCAUUCUUUUUUUUGUUUUGUUUUUGAGUUGGAG